UUUGAUCUUACCUGUUCCUCUAUCCAGCGGCGCGCUGUCUUCCCGGCUUCUGUAGUGUCGGCGCUCGGCAUGACAGCCGGGUGCCCAGUGCGCAUGAGCGAGAAGCACUUGCGCUUUGUGAUUGGUCCGGCGGCUUCUGGGAUCUGUCAUGUGUCCCAGGUACCGCCUUAACAUUCACAAAAAGCACCGCUUCUUGCGCAUGCGCACUGGGCACCCGGCUGUCAAGCACAGCGCCGACACUACAGAAGCCAGGAAGAAAGCGCGCGGCUGGAUAGAGGAACAGGUAAGGUCCCGCUGCAGAGCU